CACAUUGUAACCUUCUCGCUAGCCACUAUGGACCUAAGGGAUCCAGGGACACAGGAAUCCAUUUCAAAGAGCAUAAUACGCCCUUCUGUGCCUCGGCCCGUGAAGAAGUUGUACAAGGGUGAACCGAUGGCCCUCGGGAUCACGCAGAUCCUGAUCGGCAUCCUGGAAUUCGUUUUUGGGCUUGUUAUAGCUGUGGCGGAAUAUAAUGCAUUCUAUACCCGUCAAGAACAUCUCAAAACUCCAUAUUGGACGGGAAUCCUGUACAUCAUCUCUGGAUCCCUGUCUGUGGCAGUUGCCAGGAACCCCAAGAUACCACUGGUGAAAGGCAUGCUGACAAUGAAUGUUGUGAGUACCGUGGCAGCUGGCAUCGGGAUCUUCUUUCUCUCUAUUUCAGUAGCAAUUUCAAGACACCGCGAGAAAUGUGAUCUAGAUUAUACCAUGGACAUUCCACCUGAAAUUUGCCAUGAAAUCAUUACCAUCCCUUACACUCAAAUGCACCACAUGUCUGCUGUUCUCCUGGCCUUCACCAUCCUGGAGUUCUUCAUCACCAUCACCACGGCUGCCUUUGGGUGUGCCAACCUAUGCCGGAACAGCUUCAGCGAAACGACUGCCGUGUUUUUUCAGCUCACAGGCCAGGAGGCCCCUUCGGCUGUCCUGACACCAGUCAAGGAGGAUGAGGCACCCUGA